AUGAAAAGAAUGAUUUCGAAGUUUUUGGGCAAGAAGCCAAUGGCCACGGCCUUAAGGUCAUAUGCAUCUUCAACGGAGUCUUCUGCUCGGAACAGUAACGUGUCAGUUACCAACGCAUCGGAAUGUACCCCUCGAAGCAGUACUGUCACAACCAUCCCAUCCGAGUACACCCCUCGGAACAGUACUGCGGCGAGAACCACUCUACUCGAUUCGUCUCCAAGGUACAGCACCGUGACAACGAUCCCACCCGAGUCCCCCCCGAGAUACAGUGUCGUGACCACCCCACCGGAUUCCCCAUCUCGUUACAGCCAAUCAUCACGAGGGAGAUCAACUAGCCCACCAGACUCCCCGUCUCGUUAUAGCCACUCAUCACGGGGAAAAUCAACCACCCCACCUGGUUCCCCGUCUCGUUACAGCCAAUCGUCACGAGGAAGAUCAACCACCCCACCUGGCUCUCCGUCUGGUUACAGCCAAUCGUCACGAGGAAGAUCAACCACCCCAUCCGGCUCCCCCUCUCGAAAUAGCCGACACUCUAGAGGAAAAUCUCGCAAGAAGAGAUCAAAAUCUCAAAAGAGACAAUCCAUCGAACGUAUCGCAAUGAGGAGCCAAUUCGUCUGUUGUACAUGCCCAGAGCACCACGCCAUAAAACGCAUAAGCGCUAAGGCACUCGCUCUACACUAUGAACAAAAGCACAACAAUCUAUUCAACUUGGGACAUAGGUGCACUUGCGGCAACUUUUUCAAAGACGAUAAAGCUCUUAGGAAGCACAAACGUAACUGUUUCAUUUCAACAUUCCCUACAAUUGGACAGUUUCGCGAUUAUCGCAUCGAAAUUGUGAGGGCGGAAAACAAGUUGAAAAAAUCUGGUGACGGUGAAAAUGAUGUGGAAUCUUCCGGAUCUGGUAGUGCACUACAAACUUCUUCGGAUUCUGGCUCUCGAGAUGGUGGUGAUUAUGAGGAGGAUGAUGAUGAGGGUGAUGAGAGUAGAGAUGAUGACGAGGAUGACGAGGAUUGA